AUGUCCAACUCCACCACGGUGACUCAAUUCCUGCUGAUGAGAUUUUCUGAUGUGUGGGAGCUCAGAGUCUUACAUGCCAUGCUCUUCCUGCUGAUGUACUUGGGAACCCUGAUGGGCAACUGUCUUAUUGUCACAGUAACGACCCUUGACAAGAAACUUCACUCCCCCAUGUAUUUCUUCCUGAGGAAUCUGUCUGUCCUGGACAUGUGCUACAUCUCCGUCACUGUACCCAAGGCCUGUGUCAUCUUCCUGCUUGAGAACAGGGUGAUCUCCAUGGUUGGAUGUGCAGCUCAGGUCUUCUUUGUGUAUUUGUGUGGUUGUGCAGAGCUGCUGUUCCUCUCUAUCAUGGCCCAUGACCGCUGUGUGGCCAUCUGCCAGCCCCUCCACUACCCUGUCAUCAUGAACCCUCGGGCCUGCGUCCAGAUGACUCUGUCCUCAGUACUCAGUAGUGUGGUCUACGCAGGAUUCCACACUGGAAACACAUUCCGGCUGUCCUUCUGUCAGUCCAACGUGGUCCAUCAGUUCUUCUGUGAUGUCCCCUCUCUGCUGAAGCUCUCCUGCUCUGACACUUUAAUCAAUGACAUUUUAAAUUUUAUCUCUACAGUGGUGAUUGGUGGUGGCUGUUUUGCUUUCAUCACCCUAUCUUAUAUUCGUAUAUUUUCUACUGUGCUCAAGUUUCCAACCAGGAGUGAGCGAGGGAAAGCAUUUUCCACCUGUGUCCCUCACAUCCUCGUGGUCACAGUCUUUGUGAGCUCCAUAGCUGCUGUGUAUAUGAAGCCAACCUCCCAUUCACCCACGAUUCAGGACACAAUCACCUCUGUGUUUUAUUCUAUGUUCCCUCCUUUCUUGAAUCCCAUUAUCUAUAGUCUUAGAAACAAGCAAAUAAAAGAGGCUGUUAAAUGA